AUGCCCCCCCUUCAUCCCCACCUGCCCUGCUGCUGUCUGUUUCUCCUUUCCAUCCUGGGGGCCUGGGGACGGCCGGAGCCCCCCAGCGCCCUCCCAGAACAAGUUCACUUGUCCUACCCAGGGGAGCCAGGCUCCAUGACUGUCACCUGGACCACCUGGGUCCCCACCCGCUCAGAGGUGCAGUUCGGCACACAGCUCUCGGGACCACUGCUCCUGCGGGCACAGGGCGCUGCCAGCCUCUUUGUGGACGGGGGGAUUCUUCGGCGGAAGCUCUACAUCCACCGGGUCACGCUGCGGGGGCUGCUGCCUGGAGCCCAGUACGUGUACCGCUGUGGCAGCCCUCAAGGUUGGAGCCGCCGGUUCCGCUUCAGGGCCCUGAAGCGAGGAACCCAGUGGAGCCCCCGACUGGCUGUGUUUGGGGACCUGGGGGCUGACAACCCCAAGGCCCUCCCGCGGCUGCGCCGGGACACCCAGCAGGGCCUGUACGAUGCCAUUCUCCAUGUGGGAGACUUUGCCUACAACAUGGAUCAGGACAACGGCCGUGUUGGUGACAGGUUCAUGCGACUCAUUGAACCCGUGGCAGCCAGCCUGCCCUACAUGACAUGCCCUGGCAACCACGAGGAACGCUACAACUUCUCCAACUACAAGGCUCGCUUUAGUAUGCCAGGGAACACUGAAGGCCUGUGGUACAGCUGGGACGUGGGUCCUGCGCACAUCAUCUCCUUCUCCACCGAGGUCUACUUCUUCCUCCACUACGGCCGCCAAUUGGUAGAGAGGCAGUUUCGGUGGCUGGAGAGAGAUCUUCAGAAAGCCAACAAGAACCGGGCCGCCCGCCCGUGGCUCAUCACCAUGGGCCACCGACCCAUGUACUGCUCCAACCUGGAUCUGGACGACUGUACGCGCCACGAGAGCAAGGUACGCAAAGGCCUUCGGGGCAAGCUGUAUGGGCUGGAGGAUCUUUUCUACAAAUAUGGGGUCGACCUACAGCUGUGGGCCCAUGAACACUCUUAUGAACGGCUGUGGCCGAUUUACAACUAUCAGGUAUUCAAUGGCAGCCGGGAGAUGCCGUACACCAACCCUCGAGGCCCUGUGCACAUCAUCACAGGAUCCGCCGGCUGCGAGGAGCGGCUGACACCCUUUGCCAUCUUCCCCCGGCCCUGGAGCGCAGUGCGGGUGAAGGAAUACGGGUACACGAGGCUUCACAUCCUGAACGGGACCCACGUCCACAUCCAGCAGGUGUCUGAUGACCAGGAUGGGAAGAUUGUGGAUGACAUCUGGGUAGUGAGACCUCUGCAGGGCCGGAUGCUGUACCUCUAGAGACCAGGGGUCCCCUCUGUGACGGACCCAGCCUUGCUGCCC